GCGAGAACGCGAUCCUGACUGGGGGUUGCGGGCGGACGCAGGCUCUGUGGCGGCAUGAGUUUGGCUGGGGGCCGGGCCCCUCGCAAGACCGCUGGGAACCGGCUUUCUGGGCUCCUAGAAGCCGAGGAGGAAGAUGAGUUCUACCAGACGACUUACGGGGGUUUCACAGAGGAAUCUGGAGAUGAUGAGUAUCAGGGAGAUCAGUCUGAUACAGAGGAUGAGGUAGACUCUGACUUUGACAUUGAUGAAGGAGAUGAGCCAUCCAGUGAUGGAGAAGCAGAAGAGCCGAGAAGGAAGCGCAGAGUUGUCACCAAGGCCUAUAAGGAGCCUCUAAAGAGCUUGAGGCCUCGAAAAGUCAGCACCCCAGCAAGUAGCUCUCAGAAGGCCAGAGAGGAGAAGGCACUGCUGCCCCUGGAGCUACAGGAUGACGGCUCUGACAGUCGGAAAUCUAUGCGUCAAUCUACAGCUGAGCACACACGACAAACAUUCCUUCGGGUUCAGGAGCGGCAGGGACAGUCCCGGAGGCGAAAGGGUCCCCACUGUGAGCGACCACUAACCCAGGAAGAGCUGCUCAGGGAGGCCAAGAUCACAGAAGAGCUCAAUUUACGUUCACUGGAGACCUAUGAAAGGCUGGAGGCUGACAAAAAGAAGCAGGUUCACAAGAAGCGCAAGUGCCCUGGGCCAGUAAUCACCUACCAUUCGGUGACAGUGCCACUUGUUGGGGAGCCUGGUCCCAAGGAGGAGAAUGUGGAUGUGGAAGGACUUGAUCCUACUCCUACAGCUUCUGCACUGACUGCACACCCUGGGUCUGGACCUGCCGCCCCUCCUGCUCACUGCUCACGCACCUUCAUCACAUUUAGUGAUGAUGCGACAUUUGAAGAGUGGUUUCCCCAAGGGCGACCCCCAAAGGUCCCUGUUCGGGAGGUCUGCCCAGUGACUCAUCGCCCAGCGUUGUACCGGGAUCCUGUUACAGACAUACCCUAUGCCACUGCUCGAGCCUUCAAGAUCAUUCGUGAGGCCUACAAGAAGUACAUCACUGCGCAUGGACUACCGCCCACUGCCUCAGCCCUAGGCCCUGGGCCCCCACCCCCUGAGCCACUCCCUGGCUCUGGGCCUCGAGCCUUGCGUCAGAAAAUUGUCAUCAAAUAGGACACUUGCUCCUUAGAAAUGUCUUUCCUCUGCCAACCUGGCUCUCAGUUCCUCUUCCCUUUGUCCUUGCUGAUCUUUGCUGGGUUUUUUUCUUCACCAUUUCCGCCCCUAGUUCAUUCUGGUUUUGUUGUGUUGUUUUCUUUUUUUAAUCUAAUAAAAUGGUAAAAUCCUUUUGUAUGGUA